AUGAAGCUUGUUAGGUACAAAAUCACAGGUUUUAAUUGGCAUCUUACACCCUGGAAAAGCCCCCAGGAUCCUUCUCAAGGACAUUAUCCAUAUCAACUCGGUCCUUACGAGUACCAUGAAUUAAUUCUGAGGGAAGGUUCUGUUAUAAAAUAUAGGACUGCACCAUGGAAUGGAAUCCAAUUUAGUGGGAUGCAUAAUUUAAAUCCAACAUAUGAUUUUGUGUUGGAUAAUGAUGAUGAAGGAUAUUAUGGUUAUAAGCUUCUCAACAGCUCAACUCUUUUCAGGCUGGCGUUAACUCAAGAUGGAUUUGGGCUGUGCUACAUCGGGAGUGAUGGAAACCAAGGUUGGGUCGUUUAUCUAAUAGCAAUGACUGAUAUCUGUGACAAAUAUGGAAUAUGUGGUCCGAAUGGUGCAUGUAGUAUUGAAAAGUCCCCAGUAUGUAGCUGCUUGAAAGGAUUUAUACCGAACUUUCAACAAGACUGGGACUUGGUGGAUUGCCCAUAUAGAUGUGUGAGAAAGAGCCAACUGAAUUGCAGUGGAGACAUCUUUAAGAAGUACUCUGGGGUGAAAUUGCCAAGUACAGAACAAUCCUGGUAUAACACAAGUAUGAACCUCAAGGAAUGUGAGAUGAUGUGCAUGAACAACUGCUCCUGCACCGCUUUUUCAAAUUUGGAUAUCCGAGAUGGAGGAAGGGGGUGCUUGCUGUGGUUCAGCGAUCUGGUUGAUAUAAGAUAUUCCAAUAUAAGUGGGCAAGGGCUUCGUCAGAACUAG